AUGAAGCACCUCGUCCUACUCUCCGGCAUCUUUACACUUGGUUUGGCCAAGACAGUCCAUUUUGAUUUCUGGAAGGCGAAAGUCGUUCCUAAAUCAUCCCUAUCUCGUCGUGACAACGAUGACUUUAGCGAUCCCCUCCAUGGCGACUAUCACAAAGUUCAAUACUACACCAAUGUGACCAUUGGCACUCCAGGCCAACCGAUUGCCCUUCAGCUCGAUACGGGAAGCAGUGACGCCUGGGUACCCUCGAUAGACGCGGAGGCUUGUGCAGAUGAUGGCUGCAGUGAUUUCGGUGCCUUUGACAAGAACGCUUCUUCGACCUAUCGCUUGAUCAAAGAUAAAGCAGGGACGUUCUUGAUUGUAUACGGCGAUUUAUCGUAUUCCACUGGCGACUAUUUUACCGAUGUCCUAUCCUUCAACAAGAACAUUACCUUGAAGAACACGACCAUGGCAUUGGCCAACGCCACGGCCCUUACUGAAGGAAUCAUGGGCAUUGGCCUCCGAUCCAACGAAGCAAGUCUCCUAUACGACAAGCCAUUCUCUUUCCCUACUGUUCCAGAACAACUUCGGAACCAAGGUCACAUCGACCGGGUUGCGUACUCGUUGUAUCUCGACUCGUAUGACGACAACACCGGUUCUAUCUUGUUUGGAGGCAUCGAUCCUUCCAAAUAUACCGGCGAACUCCUUGCUCUUCCACUGUCCAAAGAUGACGAAGGCAACUAUACAGAACUCUCAGUUGCACUGACCCAAAUAUCAAUUCACGAUGGCAACAGCACUCGCCCUCUGGCAGGGACUAAAUUCAAUACACCUGCGCUUCUCGACUCUGGCACGACUGACUCGUAUCUACCACAAGACAUUUUCGAUGCUCUGUCGGCAGGCCUCGGUGCAACGAAGGAUAAGACUACUGGUUUUGCCUACGUCCCUUGUGCCUACCGCAAAAGCAAUGUUUCGGUCAUCUACACUUUUGGAGGAAAAGACGGCGUCAAUGUGUCAGUACCGCUGUCCGAGCUGAUUGCCGAACAGAUUGAGGACGAUUCUGCGUACGAAAAUGGUACUCCGGCAUGCUCACUGAACUUUGACGGUACUGACGACGCGAAUGGUGUUAUUCUCGGUGAUAGUUUCCUAAGAUCUGCAUACGUGGUGUACGAUCUGGAGAAUAAGGUCAUUGCCCUCGGUCAGGCCAAACUGGGUGGAAAGGCGGCUGCCAACCAUACGGCCAUCACUGAUAUCCCUAAAGGCACGAAACUUCCAGGAGUAUCACGAACUGCCACAGUCACAGCUGAGCAGCAUACUACUAUGUCCCUUGGCGACCCCUCGUACAGCCUGUCGCUUGGAUCCAUUGGCACACCUACUUUCAGUCUGCCUGGUGUUUCAUUAACUGCUAGUGCAUCUGCCACCGCGACUGCAGCCAGGGCAGUGAAGGCAGCCUCAAAAGAUAGUGGAGCAGACCUCGUUGACAUUCCGAAGAGCACAAGUGCUAUGAUAGUGCUGGCUUUUGCAAUGUGUAUGUUGUAG